GAGCUGCUGGAUUAGAAGAGGAGGAAGGAAGUGCCAAAAGAAAUGGUGGGGUAAUAGCCCGACACUACAUUUGGUGGGCAGUGUGGAAGGAAAGGAAUAGUAGAAGCUUUGAAGAUAGGUCCAAUUCCAUUCACAGUUAAAUGGAAUUGUAUUGUAUCUUUUUACUUUUGGUGUAAAAAGAAAGAUAUAGGGGAAAUAGAUCUUGUAGAUUUCUUAGGCUCUCUGUUUUGAACUCAAGGGAAGAAGAUGCAUCCACCUUUGACUCUGCAUAGGCACCCUUUAUGUGCUGAUAUAAUUGAAGAGUUUCAGAAGUGUCAUACAGACCACCCACUAGGGAAAUUCCUGGGGCAAUGCACAGAUCUGAAAAUAAAGCUUGACAGGUGCUUCAGGCAGGAAAAAGCUAUAAAGAGGAAAGCAAAUUUUGAACAGAGCAAGAAGUUGAAGGAGAGGCUCCAGGCUUACAGGAAGGAAACUGCUGACCUGCAAUCAUGAUGGUAAUAAGAGUUUUUUUUUCAAGACACUGUUUUGCACUAUUCCAACACAUGAAGGAAAGUUUAACGGUUGGGGUUUAUCGGAGAAAGAUUGGUGAAUAGAAUUGUCAUUUGUCUAUUCUGAUGUUUUCAUCGAUCUCCAUUAUUUAUGUUAGUUGAAGUGAAAUAAGAUAGACACAAGAAUUGAUAAAUUAUAGAAGCAACUGAUCAGACCAUUCUAUCUGGGUGCCUGGAAAAUGUCAAAAUCAAAGUAGUGAAUUGAUUGCGUGAACUGAAUGAAGGUUCGUCUUUGGUGGGAAGUAGCAGGUACCUGUGGAAUUAGUCGAGGUGUGCGCAAGCUGAUCCGGCACUCGGUUAUAAAAAAAUAAUAGAAGUGCAGUAGUUUGGUUC